UUUAAUUUGUCUUUCCACUAUUGCAUUUACUUUAUAAAAGCAUUUUACUACUUUCUAUAAUUCAUUCAUGCCUGGUUUAUAAAAUUUAUUAAGUACAGUCCCUAGGGAUACUAUUUAAUAAAUUAGUCUCAGAGUUCAUACUAUUGAAUGUAUAGGAUAUUUACUAACUUCAAUAAAAGAUAAUAAAGAGUUAUUCUAAAAAGAUUCUACUGUUAUUAUGAAUUCUCUAAUUGGAAUGUAAAAAUAGUUUUCUUAGGAAAAAGAUGAUCUUCAUCACCCUCCUAUUCUUAUUGUUUAUGGAUAAAUUGCAGAAGCAAUGUAAGGAGAUUUCUCACAUUAUCUUCCUUUAGUAUUUCCUUAUGUUUUCUAAGGUUUAACUCUAUCUAUUGAAGCUAAAAUAGAUGAACCUUUAUCAGCCUAAACUAAAAAUAAUACUACAAAUGGAAAAAUUCAAAAGGUUACCUUUGAUUUACAUAUGUUGGGAGGUUUGAAAACUUUAGAAUUAAAUACAGCAGCUUUGGAAUAAAAAAUAGAAGCUUUCCACUCUUUAUAUUAAAUAGCUAAUGCUACUAAAACUUCAUUUUAUCCUUAUGCCUAAUAGACUCUGGAUGUUUUACUCGAACAUAUGAGUUAUAGAAAUUCAAAAGCCAUAAAAGAAAACUCAAUAAAAACUUUAGUUACAAUUUUAUAAGCUUUACCUAUACAAGAAAGAACUGUAGCUUUAAAUAAAAUAGUUCCCAAAGUAAUCUAAUAAUUCUAAAAUGCAAUAAAAAUUCAAAAUGAUGAAGAAAUAGUACUUCUUUAAGCCAAUCUUGCUGAAUGUUUCAAAACUAUUUAAUCAUAAGAAACUUUAAAUACAGAAUUCGGAACAUAAAUUCUUUAAUGUCUUUCAGAAAGUUUAUCUUUAUGUAAACUCUUGAAAAAAGAUGUUAAAAAAGAAUACGCUAAUGAAGACAUGGAUGAGGCCACUUAAGAAGAAUUUGAGGAAAAAUACGAUGAAGCUAAUGAAAUAAUGCAAAACAUGAUAGAUAUAAUUGGAUAAAUAGUAAGAUUAUUCCCUACAUUGGAAAACGUCGUCGUAAAUAGCAUUCUUCCUGACUUUUUUGAAGUUUUCACUAAAGAGAAUUCUACUGAUAGUGAAUUAAAUACUUCUUUAUGUACUUUUGAUGAAUUUUUAUAAUAUUGUUCAGUACAAUUAUUUAGUAAAGCCUUCCCUGAUAUAUUAACUAAAUUUAUUGAUUUAGCUAAAAAUUACUAAGAUUCUAAUGUUAAAUAAAGUAGUGUUUUUGGAAUAGGAUUAUGCGCAAAAAGAGCUUCUGUUGAAUAAUUUACUCCUUUUUUGAAUUUAGCUUUGGAAACUUUAAAUGAAUUAUACACUAGUAGUUAAUCUACUGUUUUUGAAAAUGUUAUUGCCUGUAUUUUCAAAAUUGCUUUGUAUUAAAUUAAUGAUUAAGGCUUAAAAAACAACUUGUUUUUGAAAUCAUUUGAAAAAAUGCCUAUUAAAGAAGAUUUGGAAGAAGCUUGUAAUUUACAUGAACUUUUGUGUGUUCUUUAUAAAGAAUAAAAUUAAGCAUUUGUAGAUAUCAUGCCUUAAGUUAAAAAUACACUUUUAAAUAUCGGAAAUUGGUAAUAAUAAAAUAUCAAGACAUUUAUAUUAAAUGAGGAAUCUUAAAAGUAUAUUUAAACUUUGUGAAUGAUUUUUUUUUUAUUUCAAAUAUAAUAUAUUUUUUUAAAAAAAGAAAUUAAAUAAUUUUAUUUCAAAUAAAAAAUAUUAAUUUUUUAUUUAUUUUAUGUAUUUAAAUUUCUUUAAAUAUUUUUUAAUUUUUUUAUUU